AAAAGAGUUCCGUCGUUCACCACGUGAAACGUCAAUAAAUGUUCCCUGCUCAAGAAAAACAAAUCUGUCAUUCAAAAGUCAUGAGCAAUACAACACAAAAUCCGGACCAAAUGGGUAUAAAAUAAUAGUUUUAGACAAAUAUAUAGUUUUCCAAGAUGGCUCCUCCAAAGGAAGAGUUCUCAUGUGAGCUCAACUCUCCCAAAUACUUCGCCCUGUGCGCGGGUGGCGGCGCGGUGUGCUGCGGCUCCACGCACUUGUUCGUCACCCCGCUGGAUCUGGUCAAGUGCCGACUUCAGGUGGACCCCGGUAAGUAUAAAUCCAUCUUCAAGGGUUUUGGCGUGUCUUAUAAAGAGGGCGGUGCUGCGAACCUCGUCAAGGGUUGGGCACCCACUCUAUUAGGAUAUAGCGCCCAGGGAGCAUGCAAGUUCGGCGGAUAUGAAUACUUCAAAUACAAAUACAGUGAAAUGGUGGGGGAGGAAUCCGCUUACUUGUACAGGACCGGGGUAUAUCUAGCCGCGUCUGCGACCGCCGAAAUGAUCGCCGAUUGCGCGCUCUGCCCUUUCGAAGCGACCAAAGUCCGCAUGCAAACUACGCCUGGCUACACUUCACAAAUGCGAAAGGCUAUGCCGCAUAUGCUGUCAACUGAAGGCAUGGGAGUGUUCUUUAAAGGGAUUGUGCCGCUGUGGGGUCGGCAAGUGCCGUACACAAUGAUGAAGUUCUCGUCGUUCGAGAAGACGGUGGAAUAUUUGUACGCGAAUGUGAUGCCGAAACCGAGGGAGCAGUGUACGAAGGGCGAGCAGCUUCUCGUGACGUUUGCCGCUGGCUACAUCGCCGGGGUGCUGUGCGCGAUAGUGUCCCACCCGGCAGAUACGCUGGUGUCAAAGAUGAACAAGGAUCCGAGCUCGAGUAUAGGUGGUAUACUGGGAGAAGUUGGAAUGCUAGGUAUCUGGCGAGGUCUGACGGCACGUAUCAUAAUGAUAGGCACCCUCACGGGGCUGCAGUGGUUCAUCUACGACGCGUACAAAGUCUACAACGCGAUGCCCCGCCCCGCGCCUGGGCCCAUGCCCGAGUCCUUGAGGAAGAAGUUAAAUAAAUAGCAAAUCCUUUGCUUGUAGAGCGAUAUACAUAUUGUGCUUUUCUUCUAUUCAAAUACGAAGUGAUAAAUCUUGAAUUGGGUACGGGUAUGGAUAGUAUAAACAUUUUAAAAUUUUAAUGAUAAUUACUGGUGACCCUCUUUUAGUUUUGAUGUUUGUCGUUUUGCUGC